AUGAUUCCAUCGAAAUCUCCUACUUCAGUCCCACCCUUCAUUCCAGCCAUUGUGAUGACCAACAUGACUGUAUCAACUAGUGCCGAGCAAGCCUUGCGAAUGGCAGGUGACGACUUUGAUGUCCAUGAGUUCUAUCCUGUUCCUUUCCCAGAUGAUGUCCCCGUUGCCGAGUUGGAAAAGAUCUCCUUAUCGAAGAUACUCAACGGCGUUCGAUCCGAAUGCGAUCGUCUUUUCAAGACUUGUACUGAGAUUCCCCAGAGCGAGUUCUUUGGAACUCGGACGGAAGGGGGUGCUCUCCCUGACUGGCUCUCAGAUCAUCAUGAUACCUUCAAAGAGGCCGCGGAAUGUGGUAAUGUCAUGGCCAGGGCCAUCUUAUCCGCACUUGAAAAGCCACUUCAGCUUCCUCCUGGAUCUUUGCUCAAAUUACAUCGACUUCAAGACGAUUCGGGCGAUUUCACUCGCAUCCUUCGAUACGCUGGCGAUCCAACAAAUGAACCAACCCGUCCUGAAGGAUUCCCACCUCACAAAGAUGCUCAGACCGUUGCCAUUCUCUUCGCAUGGAUUGGUGGCUUGCAAAUACCGGAUCCCGGAAUCCCAGUUGAGGGCUUCGCGGUCAAAGAGGAGGAUUGGCGAUGGGUAAAGCCGGAGCCAGGUUACGCGGUGGUCAACCUUGGCGAUGCGAUGGAGAUCUACACCAACAAGCUCCUCCGAUCUUGUAUUCAUCGUGUCUUCAAAUCGCCCGGUCUGCAGCGACCUCACGAUCGAUACAGUGUCUUGUUCGCCACUCGUCCGAAGAAUGAUAGCCUGAUGAAAGUACUCGAGAGCCCAGUCAUACCUCCAGGCGACCCGACCGAAGAGUCCAUCACCAGUUUGGAAUGGGGUCAUCGUAUCAUCGCUGCGGUUCAAAGUCGAGCACGAGCUCGUGGCGCUCGUGAUCUUGACAAUAUCUGA